UAUAUUCGGUUUAGUUUGGGUUUGAACGCUAUUAUUUUACUUCAUUCAGAGGUCAGACCGCUCUUCUUCUUGCACCGAAAAGCAGUAAAAAAAAAAAUGGGGAAAUCAACUGCUACGAAGCAAGCGGUGGUAGUGUUCGGAGCCUUAGCGUUUGGGUGGCUAGCCAUUGAGCUCGCCUUCAAGCCCUUCCUCGACAAAUUCCGGGCCGCUAUCGACAAGUCCGACCCGACCCGCGACCCAGACGACGUCGUUCCUCCUGCUGACUCUGACGCUGACGCUGAUGCGGGUUCUCCUCAGAUUGCUCAUCAGUGAGGUUUGAAAUUGGAAUAUGUUUUUGUUUUCAAUUAUUAUUAAAAAGUUAAUGGAAUUUUCUGAUUUAAUUGCUAAGGAAAUCAGAAUUGAAUUAAUGUUUGUGUUGGAUUGUAAUUUGUAAUAGUCUGUUGGAAAAUUUUUAGUACCGUGAUGGAGGUGAACUGAAUUGGGGAAACUUAAAUUUAGUACUUGGGAUUUGUGGGAUUUUGAUAUGGUACUUCUUUUUGUUUUGGUA